GUCUCAUGUUUGAUCCUCAUUUGGACUCUGAUUCUCCAGCUGGAAGGACGAUAUCUGUUUCUCUCAGACACACAAACCGUCAAAUCUUCAGACGGUCACAGUGAAGAUGUUGGCUGCUCUGGUUGUCCUGGUAACAGCCCUGCAUGGCGCUGCGGCAAUGACUCACUCUCUGCAGUAUUUCUACACUGCAUCGUCUCAAGUCCCAAACUUCCCAGAGUUUGUGGUUGUUGGUUAUGUUGAUGAGAUUGAGAUGGUUCACUAUGACAGUAACAGCAGGAAAGCAGAACCCAAACAGGACUGGAUGAUCGAAGCCACAGCAGGAGAUCAUCAGUACUGGCAGAGGGAGACUGGGGGACUGAUGGGUUCCCAGCAGUGGUUCAAAGUCAACAUUGAAAUUGCAAAGCAGCGCUUCAACCAAACUGGAGGUGCCCACAUAUUACAGUGGAUGUAUGGCUGUGAAUGGGAUGAUGAGACUGGUCAGGUCAAAGGUUUAUUUCAGUAUGCCUUUGAUGGAGAAGACUUCUUAUCAUUUGACUUGAAGACGGAGACAUGGGUCGCUGCUAAACAACAGGCAUUCAUCACCAAACAUAAGUGGGAUAAUAUCCCAGCUGAGAUAGCACGGUACAAGCACUACAUCACCCAGAUUUGUCCUGAGUGGCUGAAGAAGUACGUGAACUUCGGGAGGAGCUCUCUGCUGAGAAAAGACCUUCCCUCAGUGUCUCUCCUCCAGAAGACUCCCUCCUCUCCAGUCAGCUGCCACGCUACAGGUUUCUACCCUGACGGAGCCAUGAUGUUCUGGAGGAAAGAUGGAGAGGAGCUUCAUGAGGACGUGGAGCUCGGAGAGAUCCUCCCCAACCACGAUGGAUCCUUCCAGAUGAGUGUUGACCUGGACCUCUCAUCAGUCAAACCUGAAGACUGGACCAGGUACGAGUGUGUGUUUCAGCUGGUUGGUGUGAAGGAGCACAUCUUCACCAGACUGGAAGAAGUAAAGAUCAGGACCAACAGAGAGAAGCCACCGGCCACUGAUAUGACCGUCCCGAUUAUUGCUGCAGUCGUUGUUCUUGCUCUCGUCCUCAUCGCUGUGAUUGGAUUUGUCAUUUAUAAAAAGAAGAAUGACAAACGCCCUCCAUCUCCUGUCAGCAACAAGGAGGUCUUGGAGGAACUCAAUCCAAGAACAUAAAUGACAAACACACCACCCUGCACACAGUUUAUGGAUAAACAUUACACUGGAUCAAGGAGCGCUGCCUCCACAUUCUGCUCCACAAACUGGGAAUUGAUUUGUUUGUCAUAUUAUAUCAUAAACUGAUAAUCAGGGUUGGGAAUCUAGGUGUAGAUUUUUAUUGAUUGGAAUACAAAGAAAACAAACUGUAAUAAUGACAAAUAUUUUACAUAUAAUAUCAAACAUGGAUGGUGAGUUUUACUUAUUUGGAUCAUUACGUUUAAAAAUCGUGGCAUUUAUUCUGAUAUCAUUUUUGCUUAAAUUAUUGUAAAUCAAAUUGAGGAUGUUUAUUUUUGGAGAGAAGUAAAACAUGAUGUGUAAAACAAUGAAAGCAUCACAACACU